AUGCAUGCGCACAAAGAUACCCCCGAACGGAGUGCAUCUGUCUCCAGCCGGCCUCGUGGCAGAGGGCAAGACUCCUCCCAACUGGGUAUUAUCUGCGUGGGUGCCGGCUACUCGGGUCUGACCCUGGCUCACAAGGUCAAGCACGAGCUAAAGCUGGAGGACGUGAUCGACUUGGUCAUCUAUGAGAAGAAUCCGGAGAUUGGGGGCACUUGGUAUGAAAACCGGUACCCUGGCGUUGCGUGUGAUGUUCCAGCUCACGCAUAUACGUUCCUCUUCGAAGGAAACCCCGACUGGUCGCACUUUUACGCCUCCGGCCCCGAGAUCCGGGCAUAUAUGCAGCGAACGGUCCGCAAGUGGAAUCUGAACGACCGCGUCCAGUUCAACUCGCGGGUGAUGGAAGCCAUCUGGGACGAAGAUGCAAGUAAAUGGAGGCUGAAGAUCGACCAAAACGGGCUCAUCAAAGAAGAUGAGGCCGAGAUCCUGGUGAAUGCGACCGGGUUUCUGAACAAGUGGACCUGGCCUGAGAUCAACGGCCUCUGGGAAUUCAAGGGCAAACUGGUCCAUACAGCCUGCUGGGAUGAAUCCUAUGACUGGACCAACAAGCGUGUCGCUGUCAUUGGAAAUGGAUCCUCCGGCAUUCAGUGCGUUGCGGCAAUGCAGCCCAAAGUGUCGAAGCUGGUCAACUACGUCCGCAACCCGACGUGGAUCUCGAUGAACUUCUGCGCCGACAAAACCAAGGACGGCAGCAACUUUGCCUAUACGGAGGAGGAGCGAAGGCGGUUCCGGGGAGGAUCCAAAGGCCCUCUUCGCGGUGCGCAGAGAGCUGGAAGCCAGGACCUCCUCCAAGCGCUCUCCAAGCAGCAGAUGGAGGAGCAGAUGAAGGGCAUCCCGGACGCUUCGAUCGCAAAGAGAAUGAUCCCCGAAUUCCGGCCUGGCUGCCGCCGUCUGACGCCCGGGGACGGCUAUCUGGAGGCGUUCCACCAGCCCAACGCGCGCAUGUGCUGGGAGCCGAUCGAGCGGAUCACGGCCACGGGCAUCCGAACGGCGGAUGGGGCGGAGGAGGGAUUCGACCUGAUCGUCUGCGCGACGGGCUUCGACACAUCGUUCAUCCCGCCGUGGAAACAGGUGGGCCGGGACGGGGCGGUGUUGGACGAGCGGUGGAAGGACAACCCAGAGGCGUUCUUCGCGGUGCAGGUGGACGGCAUGCCCAACUACUUCAUGUUCAACGGGCCCAACUGCCCCAUCUCGCACGGGUCGGUGCUGACGCAGGUGUCGUUCACGUGCGACUACAUCCUGCGGUGGGCGGGCAAGAUGGCGACGGAGGACAUUGCGUCGAUCGACGUCAAGAAAGAGGCUGUCGACGACUACAACGUGUGGGCGCAGGAGUUCCUCAAGCGGACGGUGUGGGCAGAUGACUGCCGCAGCUGGUACAAGAACGGCAAGCGCACCGGGCAGGUCACGGGCGUGUAUCCCGGGUCGCUCCUGCACUUCAAGGAAUGCCUCGAGCGCAUCGGCGGCGAGCACUUCAACAUCCGCUACCGCUCGCUCAACCGCUUCCGCUGCCUGGGGAACGGCCAGACAGUCGGCGAGAGGGGAGGACAGGGCGAUCUCGCCUACUAUAUGGAGGAUGUGACCAUGUAG